AUGUCCUCGUUGGAACUGCGCGUCGCCCUACUGAGUGGAGAGGAGGCUACAGUUGUUCUGCCUCGCAUCUCUUCUGUCGACACCUUACGAAAGAGGGCCCAAGACAUGCUCAACAACAGCAUUGGAAAGCUCAUCACUACCGCUGGUGUCCUGCUACAGGGUUCUGCUUCUCUGGAAAGCGCAGGCCUUAGCGAUGGCGACGUUGUCACCGCCCUGGUGCAGGAAGGAGCUCUGGUGGCAACCGAGGCUGCCUUUGCUUUCAUUCGCCCGGAUGGCUCUGUAGUGACCUGGGGGGACCCUGAUUCUGGUGGUGAUUCUCGUGCAGUUCAAGAAGAUCUACGGGACGUGGUUCAAAUCAAGGCAGCAGGAGCAGCCUUUGCUGCCAUUCGACGUGAUGGCUCUGUGGUGACCUGGGGCUGCAGAGGACUCGGGGGUGACAGCUCCAGAGUCCGGAGCCAACUCCGACAUGUGAACCAGAUACAAGCGAAUAUGGAUGCCUUCGCUGCGAUCACAGAGGACGGACGUGUGGUGGCUUGGGGUGAUCCAGAGGCAGGCGGUGACUGCAGUUUGGUGAGUGAUCAGCUUCAUGAUGUCAAGCAGAUCCAAUCGACCAUGAGGGCUUUCGCAGCUUUGCGUGCAGAUGGGCGCGUGGUGACGUGGGGUGACGAGGAGUGCGGGGGCGACUGCACCGAUGUGCGCCAUGAGCUUGAGAACGUUCGGAAGAUAGCCGGCGGACAAGGAAACUUCGCUUUUGCUGCCAUCACGGCCCUGGGCCGGAUUGUGGUUUGGGAUGGCCUCGAUAGUGCCGUACACGAAACCGGACUUGACAACAUCGAGUAUUUUUAUUUGAGUGAUCCUUACCGAUGGGUUGCUGCCACGGAGGAUGGGUGCCUGGCGCUGCGCUUGACGUCACGCCAAGGCAACGCUGUUUUGAAGGUUCCGGAUUUUGGAACCAAGAUGCAGAGCCUCGACAAAGCUUCAGUGGCGCUGAUCCAGCGGGAUGGAACUGUGGAGUUUUGGGGCUGUGCUGUCCCGCAACCGCUGCGAGAUGAACUGAGAGAUGUUCUGCACAUUCAGCGGACCGAUCGCGCGUUUGCUGCGAUCCGCUCCGAUGACUCCGUUGUGACCUGGGGAAACCCGCGUGAUGGAGGUGACAGAUGCGCAGUCCAGCAGCAGCUGACAAACAUCAAAGCCAUACAAUCAAACCGCUGCGCUUUCGCGGCGAUUCGUGAAGAUGGGACCGUUGUUACUUGGGGAGACACUUAG